AAAGGUUUGUUAGUUGACGAUUUACUCUGCCCAUUUUUCAACAGCAUGCGCAGUGGAUGCGGAGCUGGCUGGGUCCAGAGACCACUCCUAGUGCAUUAUCAGAUGUGACACAAAAUAACAUCAGUUUGUGGGUGGCUUUUUGCCGAAUGAAAUGUCCCAAGCGGUACACGUGUAGGUAACAAAGCCAUGAUGAGGCCUGGCCGAGUGGUGUGCCCAUUCGUGCUGGUUGCCCUCGCUCUAGAAUCAGCAAUCUGCGGGACUCCACCAGGAGGGAGUUAUCUGGGUGACGUGAACAUCUCGGCGAUCCUGGACUCUUUUAGUGUCAGCUACGAUAAAAGAGUAAGGCCGAAUUAUGGAGGCCCGCCUGUCGAGGUGGGGGUCACGAUGUACGUCCUCAGUAUCAGCUCAGUCUCCGAGGUCAUGAUGGACUUCACGCUGGAUUUUUACUUCCGACAAUUCUGGACUGACCCGAGACUUGCCUUCAGAAAACAGCAAUCGGUGGAAACAUUAUCCGUUGGAUCGGAGUUCAUCAAGAACAUUUGGGUGCCAGACACAUUCUUCGUAAACGAGAAGCAGUCGUAUUUUCACGUAGCCACUACUUCGAAUGAAUUCAUCAGGAUUCAUCACUCAGGGUCAAUCACUAGAAGUAUUCGGUUGACAAUUACUGCUUCUUGUCCAAUGAAUCUUCAGUACUUUCCCAUGGAUCGUCAAUUAUGUCAAAUAGAAAUAGAAAGUUUUGGAUACACAAUGAGAGAUAUCCGUUAUAAAUGGAACGAGGGACCUAACUCCGUAGGUGUUUCUAAUGAAGUGUCACUGCCCCAGUUCAAAGUUCUGGGUCACAAACAGAGAGCUUCAGAAAUCAGCCUCACAACAGGAAAUUACUCCCGUCUAGCUUGCGAGAUUCAGUUCGUACGCUCGAUGGGCUACUACCUCAUCCAGAUUUACAUUCCGUCAAGUCUGAUCGUCAUCAUCUCCUGGGUCAGCUUCUGGCUGAACCGUACCGCAACUCCAGCCAGAGUGUCCUUAGGAGUAACUACUGUACUUACCAUGACCACCCUGAUGUCAUCUACUAAUGCUGCCCUACCCAAAAUAUCGUACGUCAAGUCGAUUGACGUUUAUUUGGGAACCUGCUUCAUCAUGGUGUUCGCCAGCCUUCUUGAAUAUGCCACCGUGGGAUACUUAGCCAAACGAAUACAGAUGAGGAUGAACAGAUUCAUGGCUCUACAGAAAAUUGUGGAGCAGAAGAAUACGGAGCAGAAAAAAUUCGUGAAUGGUGGGCCAGAUGGAGGGCAAGCCCCGAAGCAAGCUGAGGUCCGUUACAAAGUCCAUGAUCACAAGGCCCACAGCAAAGGUGGGACAUUGGAGAGUAAGGUAAACUGCAGACGUGACGAAUGUGGAUAUGGUACCCUCAGAAGUGGACACAGUGAUAGACAUGACAGAGCCGGCGAAUACGGAACCAUACGUGGAGGUCACGGAGGUCAUAUGGGAGGUGGGGGACACAUCCCACCAGUUGGUCAUAUGGGGCCUGGGGGACAUAUGGGACCUAGCGGGGGACACAUAGUACCCGGAGGCCAUGUCGGUCCUGGAGGUCAUAUAGGGGGUGAACGUCACGGGGGUGGUCAUCAAGGGGGAGGAGCAGGAAGUGGAGGUGCGAACCCGAGCCAAGCCGCUCCCCCUCCUCCCCCACCAGAAAGCGAGGCUGCGAUCCCCCAGCAUAUCCUGAAGCCUGGAAAGGAGAUAAACAAACUAUACGGAACUACGCCAUCAGAUAUCGAUAAAUAUUCGAGAAUUGUGUUUCCAGUUUGUUUUGUCUGUUUCAAUCUCAUGUACUGGAUCAUCUACUUGCACAUCUCCGACGUAGUGGCAGAUGACCUAGUAUUGUUAGGAUCGGAUUAGAAAAUUAUAUUUUAAUUUCGAGCGGAUCGUAUUAUGCACUUACACUUCAAGAGCCAACCUCAAUUCAUUCACCUCAUCGGUGUGGCCUUACAAAGUCUUUUGAGGAACUGACCCUUCAACUGAAAACAGAAUGCACGUGUGACUGAAUGAACUGUGGCACAAAUCUCUAUCAUGUGUUUUCCACCAUUUAUACUUACCAAAAAGUACCGUAACAUUUCUAUGAAUUCCUCAUUGUUAUACUUUCAUUCGGAAACUUUUGAUUAGGUAAUACAAUUUAGAAGUAGAAGUGGUCGCAAACUUUGAACAGAUAAUUUCCACAUAAUUGUAAAUAUCCACCUAAAUAGGACGAUCAUUUUCAGAGACUAGUGAAUAAUUCGGUUAGUAUUAGCAUGUAUAUUUAUAGUCAAUUCGCCUAAAUAUGAGAGGGAUAUGUGACACAAUGUAAAUCUGAUUAUAUAUGAAAAAAUCGGCAAAAUGCGCACGAAUUAGCACCAGUGGGGUUAAUGAUCUACUCGACACUAAUUUUUGACUAGGAGAAUUGACGGCAUGAUAUCGUCCUUUUUUGAUCGUUCGAAAAUUUUUGGUGCGAAGGACACUUUUUUGUCGAUAUGUUAGAUGUACUCGUAUACCUAGUGCCAAAAAUAGAAGUUCGUCACGUUUCAACUAUAGAGAGUAGGUUAUUUAUGAAGGUUGUGAUAACGAAAAAUGACAAAAACGGUACGAACUGCAGUGAACGAUAAUAUUGUAUAGGUACGUGACUGAAAUAAUUCACAUAUGAGUAGAGAUUUUCUUAUUGCAUCUGGGAUUUUAAAUGUCGAUAUGAUCAAACAGAUCUCAGGAAAUUGACACUCAAGCCUCUCCCGCGUCACAAACAUUCAACGGUUGAUCUCCUUUUGUCUAAUAUCAUAAGAAAAAUUUAAUUUCCUGGAUACGUCUUCCUUGAAAUCUCAUUUUCACUUGCCUUAGAAAAAGCUCAAAAAAUCAACUUCAAUUUCGGUAUUAUCCGUACUUACGUUUCAAUAUUCGAAUCACUAAAAUCUUUUGAAUGCACGGACUAUUAAAAAAAACUACCUUUUCAAAAUGAUGCUUGUUGAAAAAUUGAAUAAGCUUGAGUUAUAAAAAAAAUAUAAAGGAAUAUAUGGAUGUAAUACCAUUCGACUAAAAUGCCAGGUAUAAUAAACGACAGCUAAUACAAUUCUAAAGUUAGAGAUCCAAAUUUAUAUUUAGGUAAUAAUAAUAUGGCUGUACAUACAAAAAUUAGGGACACAUAAUGUAAAAAUCAAUUAUUACACCUAACUCAACACGACCUUCUACUUCAUGCUCACAGAUGAAAAUAUAUUCUAGGAGGCUUUAUGAUUGAAGAAAAAAGUAAAUUUAAGAGAUUUCUCUCCCAGCACAUAAACUAUUACCUACAUAGAUAUGGUUUGAUAAAAAGAGAUUACAUAUAAUUUUUGAGAUAUGUAUUCUUUAGACAAAAUGUUCAUUUAGUCUUAGUGCUAUAACCAUAGUACUGUUAGAAAAGAGCGGUUUCUGGCCUAGUUGUUAAAAUUCUAAAAUUAAGUAAACCUUUGAUAAUAUCGUAAUUGAAUUAUGUAUAACUCAAAAAUAACUAAGUACCUAUACUUUGAAAAUGACAUUACUAAAACUCACUUUUCAAUAAGUUUAUUUACUGGCCAGUAUGCACCUGUCUAUAAUACUUGUCAAAUUUUAAUAAAAAUAUUCCAUACUUAUAGUUCAAAAUUUUUAAGUAGUAUUACUUGAAAUUUUGAGUUGAAACAGAUAAACCUACUUACCUCUUGAAUUCUUUUGCCUUAAUUGGGAUAGGUGCAUGCUUUUCUCAAUAAUUUUCCCUAUAGAUCAUGUGAUCAGAAAUCCAGUGAGAUUAACUUGCAGUAUCAGUCCCUAUGAUUACAUCAAAAUAACAAAAAAUCAAAAUCCCUCCUUAUGAAGUAAAAAGCCUUUCCAAAAUGUAUGGUGUAGUAUUCUUAGCGUGCCAAAGAGACUUAUUGAUUCAUGCACAUCAGUAAAGUUAUAUUUGAAGUCAAUAUUUACUAGAAAAGUAUUUUGUUAUAGCAACUAAGAUUUUUAUAGAACCGUUAUUUUAUUCAGUAUAUUUUAUCUCUAUUCAGUUUAUGUUAAUGUCAAAAAAUAUCAUAAUUUUUAUCAAUGCUCAUCGUUCGAAACAUUUCACAUUAUAUUUGUUUCGAAUCGGUUUUGUUGGAUGUAGAGAAUGAUGUUCUAAAAUUUUUAAGAGUAUAUAAAAUAUACGAGAUAAUUUUACUCGAAGAUUUUUAUUGGAAAGUGGGCAAGUGGUUAAAUUUGCGAAGUACCUUCACUCAAACAAUUCAAAUUUUUCCACGGGUCCUUAAUUCUGUGAUGGACCGUUUGCUCAUAGAGAGACAAAAAAAAAUUACUACUGCAAUUUGUCUCUAAGAAACUACACAAAUAUUAUCGAAAAAUAUUGGCAAACUGUGUCUUUUUCUAGGAAAAACCAUAUUAAUUUUUUCAGAAUUAGCCUUUCUUUGAAAUUGAAAAUAUUAUAAGGGUAGAAACAUAAGUCUGGGAUUUUGAAAUAAAAAUUAAAGGAAAGGAAUUGUUGAGAUAUAAUGAAAUUAUUCUAAUCCUAUUCCCGAAUAACUUAGGAAAUCAUAAUCGCAUAAUUUUUUAUGUUUCUGUUACUCAGUUGUUAUUGAGGAAAUUAUAAUGGUGCAUUUGAACCGACUCGUUCACAUUCCAUGCUGAUUUUUGUUAACUCUUGCUCAUGAAAGGAAAUUCUAAAUAUUUAUUACACUGUAAUCAUUCUAUAUUAUGAAGAAAAUGUAUGUUAUAUAUGUUGACAACUUAUUUGAGGUUAUGAGUAUGUAAUGAAUAUUGUUCUGUUGUGGUUUUUAUUUUAA